AAUAAUGCGUUUUACUAUUUUAUUAAUUACGUUCAUUUUCCAAUAUGUUUCCGCUAAACUUAAUGAAAGUGAUUAUUAUAAAUUACCACGAUUAUAUGAUAUGGACGAUUAUGAAUUAUGUGAAAUUAAAGGAAAAACGUAUCAGUAUUGUAUUUUUGAAAUUAAUUUAAUUCCGAUUUCCACAAAUACGAGAGAUUCAGUGUUGUGGAACUUAAUUCAGGAAAAUAAUGCGGAUAAAUCGAAAUAUCGUCGUGAUAUACUUGAAAUGGGUCGAUGUAUUCUAAUAGGAAAUGAAACUGAUUCUCAGUUUCAUGAAAAUUUGUUUAAAUCAAAGUUUGAAAAAGAUGAGUUAAAUGUGGUGAUUAAAAAAGUGUUGUGCAAACAGUUUGAACCAAAACAUUUCGAUUAUUUAGAUAUUGUAGCCAUUGUAAUUUUAGUAUUAAUUUUUAUAUCUGUGAUAGCUGCAACAAUUACUGAUUAUUAUAAGUCCACUAAAACUGAAAAUACGUCUGAUUAUAAAGAAGGUUCUUUUGCCUUAAAAUGUCUUUUAUGUUGGUCGUUGAAAAAAAAUUUAAUUUCACAUCCAAUAACCAGUAUUCCACUAAAUGGAAAUGUAAUUAUCCAAUCGUUUUUCCUGUUUAGCUCUUUUGUAUUAUCGAUAUCAGUAUUUAAACAAAUGGAAAAAAAUGAAUUUCGUAUUGGAUUUAUAUUUACAACAAUUUUUCAUCGUUAUCUUAGAUUGACACCAAUCUACGCCUUACUUAUAUUAAUAAAUGCAACAUUAGUUGUGCAUGUUAGUAAUGGAGGUCCUUAUUGGCAUCAACGUGUUGAGCUGCAUAAAGAUAAUUGUCGAAAUGGAUGGUGGCAAUUAACUUACAUAAAUUAUAGGAAUGUUUUUCCACAAAAAUUUUGUAUGCCUCAAACGUGGUAUUUAAUAGCUGAUACACAAUUAUAUUGCGUAACAGUGUUGGUAUUAAGUCUAAUAUGGUUAAUGAAACGUCAAAUUAAAUAUAUAUUAAGCAUUUGUUUAUUAAUUACAAUUUUAAUACCAGGUUUUAUUACGUAUCGUGAAAAUUUAGGACCAAUGAUUGUAAAUAAUCCACAAUCAAUGAGAGAAUUUUUUUAUCAAGAUCGGGCAAUGAUGUCCACAUACGUUCAAUCCUACACAAAUGCUAGCGGCACAAUUUAUGGCAUUAUUUGUGGAUAUAUUUAUCACACAGGAGCAUUAAAAAGCAAUUUAUUAAAAAAAUUAUGGUUUCGCCAUAUAUGGUUUUGGUUAGUUUUUCUAAAUGUUUAUGGUUUCAUGUUCUUUUGUUCAAUUAUGAAUCACAGUAAUUUAACCAAUUUACAAUCGAAUCAGUCAUUUGCAGUUGUAUGGGCUGCAAUAAAUAAAUUACUUUUUGUUAAUGGUACAGCGUUAUUCGUAUGGGGCCUUCGACAGCAGACCCAUUCUAUUAUGAGAAAAGUUUUAGAAUACAGACCAAUUAUCGUAUUUGGGCGAUUAAGUUUUUGUAAUUAUUUAGUACAUUAUCAAAUGUAUAUGGUCCAAGAUGCAAUGAAUUAUUUACCAAGACAUUAUAAUAUCUACACAUUUAUAGUUUCAAUAACCAGUAAAAUUACUAUAGCGUACAUUUUUGGUUUUCUUUUAUGUAUGUUUGUGGAAUAUCCAUUAACUAAUUUAUUUAGAUUAGUUAUUCGUAAAUCUCCAAAUCCAGUAAAUGAAGUACCUCUACAGGAAAAUGGUGUCAAUCGAAAUAAAUUACCACCAUCUACUGCACUUGAAAAAAAAGGUUCAUCGGAUGUUUUAGUAUAG